UUUUUAUUUUAUUUAUUUAUAAAUAAAUUCGCGAUAGCGUCUUUAAAUGUGAAAUAAAUAAAUUGUUUCCUAAAAAUAAGAUUUCGAUUUAAAGGUGUACUUUAUGCGAAAGAAAUAUUUAAGUCAAUUAAUGAAAUCAAAGCUAUUAAAUUAUCUAAAUAUGAAGACAAAUUAAUAUUUUAAACUAGAAAAAAAAUUGUGUGACUUGUUGAAAAAUUUUAACUAAUGGUUUUCAACUGACUUUUUGAAAGUUGGUGUAGUGUUUAUUUAACAAUGUUCUGGUUGCUAUUAAUAGUGGCCUGUUUAGUGUGGGUGAUGUACAGCAAACUAGAGAAUCGUAAGAUUGUUGAACUGUCUCGGAAGCUACCAGGGGAUUUACCAUCAUGGCCCAUCCUUGGACAUGCUUAUUUGCUGCGAGGCAGUGAUGAAGAUCAAAUGAAGGUGUUCCAGAAAUCCGGACGAUUAACAAUCAACCGCGGGGGGCUAGCGUCUUACUGGGUAGCCAACCGACUCUAUAUCAUGGUAGCAGAUCCAUUGGCUGCAGAGGUGAUUCUAAAAAAUUGCUUGGACAAGGACUACGUCAUGAAAUUCCUGCAGUUUCUCGUUGGAAAUGGGAGCAUUUACGCACCAGUAUCAAUAUGGCGUCCUCGCAGAAAGCUUAUAGCUCCUACAUUCAGCAUGAAGAACCUGAACCGGUUUGUGGAGGUGUUCGCCAGGCAGAGUGCAGUGAUGGUGGACCAGAUCGGAUCCUCUGCUGGACGGGGUACCUUCUCCGUGUGGAAGUUCCUCACAACGUACACUUUUGACGCUGUUUGUGAAACCACAUUAGGCGUUCAAAUGAGAGCCCAGCUAAGUCCCAACCAAGCGUUCCUAGACGCCCUGGAAGAGAUAACGCAACUAGUGGCCACCCGCAUGGUGCAGCCCUGGCUCUAUGCUGACUGCGUGUAUAGUCUUCUUCCUCAGUACAGGCGGGCCGAGAAGUGCCGUAGGCUCAUGUAUGAGUUUGUAGAACAGGUCAUAAAGACAAAGAGAAUGGAAAUGGAACAGAGAGCUAAGACGAAUUCACAGCAAAACUCAGAAGUCUUCAGCCCACAAUCGUUCCUCGAGAUGCUUCUAGAAUCUUCCCAGCUGACUGACAACGAGCUCGCGGAAGAGGCGAUGGUGAUCAGUGUUGCCGGAACGGACACUUCUGCUGUUGCCGCUUCUUUCACCGUCCUCAUGCUGUCGAGGCAUCCUGAGAUCCAGGACAGGGUGUAUGAAGAGUUGUGUGAAGUACUCAGAGACUCCAACAGAGAUGUGACGGCCGAAGAUCUUCCAAGACUGAAGUACUUGGAAGCUGUGAUCAAGGAGACACUGAGAUUGUACCCACCGGUGCCGAUCAUAGUGCGAUCUGUCGAGCAAGACACUGACUUACCUUCCGGUCUCACCCUGGUGAAAGGAGUUGGCAUAGUCAUCAACAUCUGGGCGACGCACCGUAACCCUCGCUACUGGGGCUCAGACUCAGACGUAUUCAGGCCAGACCGCUUUCUGGAGCCACUCAAGCAUCCAGCACAGUUCAUGCCCUUUAGCUAUGGCUUGAGAAACUGCUUAGGUUACCAAUACGCCAUGAUGUCCAUAAAGACGGUUCUAGCCAGUCUCUUCCGCAAGUACCGCGCUCUGCCACCAGAGGGCGCAGAUCAGACCACCCUCAAGGAACCUUUGAGGGUCAAGUUCGAUAUCAUGAUGAAGGACGUUCAUAAAUUCCAAAUUCAAUUAGAAAGUAGAUUUUAAAUUCAUAAUACAAUGUGCUCAAAGAAUUCUGAAUAUGAACUUUAUCGCGCUAAAAAUAAUUAAUAGGUACCUACAGUGGUGUUCAGAGGUUCUAAAUCAGAUUGAGACCUUGGUUUUUUAGUGUUACUUAUUUUAAAAUCAACAUGAAUAAUUAUUAUAAUUUGAAUUAGAAAAUAAUAACGCGGAUAGCAUACAAAAAUAAAAUGCAAAGUACUUAUUUAAAAAUUUUUGAUCAACAGCGCCAUCUUUACAAAUUCAUAGGAACCUUUUAAGCAAGCAGUCUAGUAUCUUGACGUGUGUUUUGUGUAAUGUUGCGGUGUGGUGUCUAGUGAGUCUCAGUUCAGUUUUUUCACGAAAAGUAUUCUAGAUAGCGCUUAUUUCAGCUAGUAAAAUAAAGAAUUAACAUUAUUGUAAUUUAGUUCAUUGUUAUGUAAAUAAAAGCGAUAGUUAUAAAAUAA